AUGGACUACGUAGAUGAUCUAACAGCUAUGUUCGAUAAUCAAAAUGACUUACUUCUACGUCUAACCAAGGAUAUUGCCGAAUAUCUGCAGGUUAAAGGCGAUAUCUAUAUUGAUUAUGGUGAUGCACCGAAAGCUAAAAUGUGUUAUAUUUGGGCUAAAAAGCUAAUGUUACGCAUGCGGGAGCCAGACGGACAAACGCUGGAUGAUUUAGACAAGAAAAUAAUCAAUGCACGGCGUUAUCGAACGUUGAAUGAUACAACUGGAAUUAAUAAGCGUUGUCCACCGUUGUUUCCACAAACACAACUAAAAGAUAAACAGGUGAGGGGAGCGUGAGUGGUAGGAGCAGGAAGCUAUAUUAUAGAAAAGAAACUCUUUUCUGAACUCGCACACUAGGGCCAUCUAUGCGAUCAACUAAAUCUUAAGGUUUUCUAUUGUCAAUCAAUAAAAAAUAGUCUAACGUUUACCCAAUGAUGUAUUGUGAUGAUCCACCGUGAAGCUCAUCCACAUUUCUGUGCUCGAACUGAAUGAUCUGUGCUUCACAUAAACUUUUGUAACAACUUUUCAAUGUGAUCGUCUGCGGUCUUAAACUUUUGAAUUUUGUAAUUUUUAACAGAAAGCCGUCUUUCUAAUCAUCGA